AUCAUGGCAGCGCUCAUUCAGACAGAGUCUAAGCUUCAGAGACCGCAGUUUGGGAAUCGGUACUUGACUGAUGUGGAUUGCGUUUUUCAGCAUAAUGCCUGGGAUAAUGUGGAGUGGUCUGAAGAACAAGAGUCUACAGCCAGGAAAAAAGUCGAAGAAAACUGUGCCCAGCUGGUUUCUUCAGAGAAACAAGCGGAGUACGAGAACAAGGCUAACGGUUACUGGAAUGAUUUUUACAAAAUACACGAGAACAGAUUCUUCAAAGAUCGUCACUGGCUUUUCACAGAGUUCCCUGAGUUGUUUCCCAAUUGUAAGUCCUCUUUGGAUAAAUCUGGGCUGACUGCAGCAGCAUCUGACCAUAGCAAAACUGAAUCCAAGAACUGUCUUGACCAGACCAUUGAAAAUGACUUGCACCUACCCCAGAUUGGUGCAGAAGAAAUAGAGCAGAAUAAUUUCAAAGUUGAGGCUGACAAUGUGCAGGACAGCCAGAAAACAGACAGGCUUGUGGACUUGUCUUCAGGGAAUAUGCCAAAAAUGCACACAAAGCUGGGUGAGACAGGAUUACCAGACAUAAACCAAGCAGGAGCAUCUGCAACAUUCCGUAUACUUGAGGUGGGUUGUGGAGUUGGAAAUACCGUGUUCCCCAUUCUGCAGACUAACAAUGAUCCAGGACUGUUUGUAUACUGCUGCGAUUUUUCCUCUACUGCUGUGGAACUCAUCAAGCUGAACUCUUGUUAUGACCAUUCUCGCUGCCUCGUUUUUGUUCACGAUCUGUGCGAUAUGCAGGCCACCUACCCAAUGCCAAACGAAAGCUUAGACAUCAUCAUUCUCAUAUUUGUCCUCUCAGCAAUACAUCCAGACAAAAUGCAGGCUGUCGUUAAGAGGUUGAGUCAACUUCUAAAACCAGGAGGAAUGAUUCUCUUCAGAGAUUAUGGGCGUUAUGAUAUGGCACAACUACGAUUUAAGAAAGGUCGCUGCCUAUCUGAAAAUUUCUACGUUCGAGGAGAUGGGACAAGGGUUUAUUUCUUCACACAAGAUGAACUGGAUGAGCUCUUCACCUCUGCCAACUUGAAGAAAGUCCAGAACAUCGUGGAUCGGCGCCUGCAGGUGAACCGUGGCAAGCAGCUGACCAUGUACCGGGUUUGGAUCCAAUGCAAAUAUCGCAAAUCUUUGGAGAAAGGAGAAUGAAAAUUCCUAACUUUGUGGGUCAAGCACCUUUGAAUUCAUCUGACUUGAUCAGUGUCCCAAACAACAAGUUGUCACUUUGGUUUGCACUGCUGAGUUGACUUUUGUUCUCUUGGUCCAUAAUCAUAACCUUUAUAUCUGUUUAUAUGCAUCAAUCCUUGGGUUAUAGUCACCAUGGUAAUAAUUGCUGUUUGUUGUUGGAGGUGAAAUCAUUGGCCAAUAUGUUCAUCUGCUAAACAUUUUCUCUUAAAUAUAAACCUGACUGACAUUCCUUUCA